CUGAAGGAAGGCUGGGCGCGGUGGGGUCUGCUCUGCCUUGGCACCAGCCCACAGCCCAAGAUCAAGUCUCUCUUUAUCUUUCUGGAAACUGUUCCUGUAGGGACCCGAAGAGCUCGGGAGCCGCAGCUGGCACAGACCACUGUCUCCGCCUGAUCCAUUCAUUCGAAACCGGUCUUUUCUCCAAGUCCAAGUUCCUCGCGUGUUGCCGCUUAGAGCGGCGGGCGGCGACAUGGAGAAGAGCGGCGAGACCAAUGGCUACCUCGACGGCACCCAGGCAGAGCCUGUGGCCGGGCCCAGAACGCCCGAGACGGAGACGGGCAAAGCGCAGCGUUGUGCUGGCUUUUUUCGGCGCCACGCGCUGGUGCUGCUCACCGUGUCGGGGGUGUUGGUGGGCGCCGGCAUGGGCGCGGCGCUGCGCGGGCUGCAGCUCACCCGCACGCAAGUCACUUACCUGGCCUUCCCCGGCGAGAUGCUGCUCCGCAUGCUGCGCAUGAUCAUCCUACCGCUGGUGGUUUGCAGCCUGGUGUCGGGCGCCGCCUCCUUGGACGCCAGCUCCCUCGGGCGUCUGGGUGGCAUCGCUGUUGCUUACUUCGGCCUCACCACGCUGAGCGCCUCUGCGCUCGCCGUUGCUCUGGCGUUCAUCAUCAAGCCAGGGGCGGGCGCGCAGACCCUCCAGUCCAGCCUGGGGCUAGAGAACUCGGGGCCUCCUCCGGUCUCCAAAGAGACGGUGGACUCUUUCCUCGAUUUACUCAGAAACCUGUUCCCUUCCAAUCUUGUGGUUGCUGCAUUCACUACGUCUGCAACCAAUUACACAGUGGUGACCCAUAACACCAGCUUGGGGAACGUGACCAAAGAGAAGAUCCCCGUUGUCACAGAUGUUGAAGGGAUGAACAUUUUAGGACUGGUCCUUUUUGCCCUGGUGUUAGGAGUGGCUCUAAAGAAGCUAGGCCCUGAGGGAGAAGAGCUCAUCCGAUUCUUCAAUUCCUUCAACGAGGCAACAAUGGUGCUGGUGUCAUGGAUCAUGUGGUAUGUACCUAUAGGCAUCAUGUUCCUGAUUGGAAGCAAGAUUGUGGAAAUGAAGGACAUCAUCAUGCUCGUGACCAGCCUCGGGAAAUACAUCUUUGCCUCUAUUCUGGGUCACGUUAUCCAUGGAGGAAUUGUCCUGCCUCUUGUCUAUUUUGCUUUUACCAGGAAAAACCCAUUCAGAUUCCUCCUGGGCCUCCUCACCCCAUUUGCAACAGCUUUUGCUACCUGUUCCAGCUCAGCGACUCUUCCAUCUAUGAUGAAGUGUAUUGAGGAGAACAAUGGUGUGGACAAGAGGAUCAGCAGGUUCAUCCUCCCCAUUGGGGCCACGGUCAACAUGGAUGGGGCAGCCAUCUUCCAGUGUGUGGCUGCAGUAUUCAUCGCCCAGCUCAACAACGUGGACCUGAACGCAGGACAGAUUUUCACCAUUCUAGUGACUGCCACAGCAUCCAGUGUUGGAGCAGCAGGUGUGCCUGCUGGAGGGGUCCUCACCAUUGCCAUCAUCCUGGAGGCCAUUGGAUUGCCCACACACGACCUCUCUCUGAUCCUGGCUGUGGACUGGAUUGUGGACCGGACCACCACUGUGGUGAAUGUAGAAGGGGAUGCCCUGGGAGCUGGGAUCCUCAACCACCUGAAUCAGAGGGCAGUGAAGAAAGGUGAGCAGGAGCUUCAAGAAGUAAAGGUGGAAGCCAUUCCCAAUUCCAAGUCUGAGGAGGAGACGUCGCCUCUGGUGACACACCAGAACUCGGCAGGCCCUGUGGCCAUUGCUCCUGAACUCGAAUCCAAGGAGUCGGUGCUGUGAAGGUGCUGUGUCUUGGGCCAGCCUGCUAGUACCAGCAACCCACGCUGGUAGCCUGCCCCAUUGAUGUGGGCAUGGCCCUCACAGACUUCGUCUCCCAAGGAAUGUUUGGCCCAAUCACCGGUUUGAGAGUGACCUCUCAGCACAGGCAUGGGGGCUCCCAGGCCAGGACUGCUAACUGAGGACUAGAACAUCCUGACUUGUCUCCAUCCAUGUCUCAGUGGAACUGUGGAUGCAGCUUGACUCUAUUGGGAACCCCCUCGAGCUGCCAGGCCUGAGGGAUUCCAGGUUCAAACAGGCCUGGGGAUAAAGGUGGGGGAAUGCAGAUGGAUUCUUCACUGUCCCCCAGGAGCUCUGCAUCUGGUGCUUUCUGGGCAAGCCCGAGGGUUUGUAGUUGUCUAUUACAUUGUCUCUGCAGCAGCAGACACUGAAGAGCUUCCCAGUGUCUCAGACUGAGCUGGAAUCUGCUGAGCUGGCAUUUGGGUUAAGGCCUAUGCUCCACUUGUGAGGGUGGCUUCUGAGGGACCAGAGGUAAAACAACUUUGAGAUACUCCAUGUGGUGGUUAGCACAGCCUGAGUAAACCAUAAACUCUGAGGUUGGGGCAGACCAGGGAGCACCCUAAACAGAGUGAGACAGGAUUGUUCCCAUUCUAGACUGAGGCACUUCUCUGCUCCUGUUGAGCGAGCGCAGGCCUGGCCUUCUGCCAACACUUCCCCUGCAUUUCCAUUUGGACUUAGCCGCAGACCUAGACCUCCUCCUCUGGGAGGGGUGAUGUGGUCACCGAGUUGCCAACUCAUAUUGGUUGGUAAGUCUAUUACAGUUUGACUAGAUCCUUCCUAAAGUGCUGCCAAGCUACAAAAUAAUAACUCCCCCAAUAAAUCCAGAACUAAUCAAGGCAGAUCUGUGUUCCCAGACCUCUGUCUGGCUUCCCCGGUAAACGACUUGCUUGUGUGUGACCUAUGGUUCGUCCUGGGUCUGAGGUAACCUGCCUGUUACCUACUUCAUUGGGAUCUGAUAAGGCCAAGGAUAAAUCUGUGGAAAUUAUAGUUUUGCAACUUGUACCCCAUUUCUGG